AUGGAGAACUACCAGAAGAUCGAGAAAAUCGGAGAAGGCACGUACGGUGUGGUCUACAAGGCCCGUGAGCUCACUCACCCGAACCGAAUCGUAGCUCUGAAGAAGAUCCGUCUAGAGGCUGAAGAUGAGGGUGUCCCGAGUACCGCCAUUCGCGAGAUCUCCUUGCUCAAGGAGAUGAACGACCCGAACAUUGUACGACUGCUCAAUAUCGUCCAUGCAGAUGGCCACAAACUCUACCUGGUCUUCGAGUUUCUCGACCUCGAUCUGAAGAAGUACAUGGAGGCUCUCCCGGUCAGCGAAGGUGGACGAGGCAAAGCUCUGCCCGAUGGAUCAGGGAUGGAUAUGAACCGGAUGGGCUUGGGCGAGGCUAUGGUCAAGAAAUUCAUGGCCCAGUUGGUGGAAGGAAUUCGGUACUGCCACAGCCACCGUGUCCUUCAUCGGGAUCUCAAACCACAGAACCUGCUCAUUGACCGGGAUGGUAACCUGAAAUUGGCCGAUUUCGGACUGGCGAGAGCGUUUGGUGUCCCUCUGAGAACAUACACCCAUGAGGUAGUUGUCACGCUAUGGUACCGUUCUCCUGAGAUUCUACUUGGUGGACGCCAAUACUCUACUGGUGUAGACAUGUGGUCUGUGGGCGCUAUCUUUGCUGAGAUGUGCACUCGUAAACCCCUGUUCCCCGGUGACUCCGAGAUCGAUGAGAUCUUUAAGAUCUUCAGGCUCCUUGGUACCCCCGACGAAUCCAUUUGGCCCGGUGUCACUUCUUUCCCCGAUUUCAAGGCGUCCUUCCCCAAGUGGAAGCGUGAACCGACACGGGCUCUGGUCCCCGGUCUCGAAGAGAACGGAUUGGAUUUGCUUGAUGCCUUGUUGGAGUACGAUCCAGCCCGGCGUAUCUCUGCCAAGCAGGCAUGCAUGCACCCGUACUUCCAGCACGGCAGCUCUCACUACUCCGGCCGGCACCGUGUUAACGGAUACCAUUGA